CUUCCGAGGCUGCUUGCUGCAUCCGGGGACCGCUCCUGUCAGACACCGCAUCCCCCCAGGCCCCGCAAGGCGACCCACCGCGCCGGGGAGAGGCGCCCCGCCGCACCUGCACUCGCACUUGCCGGCACUUGAGUGCGAAAGUUUCAUUUGCCCUGAGCCAUCCCGCAGGGCUGUCUGGGAUACUCGCUGGCACCCCAUGCCCGCAACUCCAACGGGCUUCCGCCUAAUCUGCUGUGUGUAGCGGUUGCUUGCGUGGAAUUCCCAGCCCUUCUGGGGAACAAAGUGUCAGGAUGUCUCAGUGGUAUGAACUUCAGCAGCUUGAUUCCAAAUUCCUGGAGCAGGUUCAUCAGCUUUAUGAUGACAGUUUUCCCAUGGAAAUCAGACAGUACCUGGCUCAGUGGCUAGAAAAGCAAGACUGGGAGCAUGCUGCCAAUGAUAUUUCAUUUGCUACCAUCCGUUUCCAUGACCUCCUAUCACAGCUGGAUGAUCAGUACAGUCGCUUUUCUUUGGAGAAUAAUUUUUUGUUGCAGCAUAACAUAAGGAAAAGCAAGCGUAAUCUUCAGGAUCAUUUUCAAGAAGACCCAGUACAGAUGUCUAUGAUCAUCUAUAACUGUCUGAAGGAGGAAAGAAAGAUUUUAGAAAAUGCCCAGAGAUUUAAUCAGGCUCAGUCAGGAAAUAUUCAGAACACUGUGAUGUUAGAUAAACAGAAGGAGCUUGACAGCAAAGUCAGAAAUGUGAAGGACCAAGUUAUGUGUAUAGAGCAUGAAAUCAAGACUCUAGAAGAUUUACAAGAUGAAUAUGACUUUAAAUGCAAAACCUCACAGAACAGAGAAAAUGAAACCAAUGGUGUGGCCAAGAAUGACCAGAAACAAGAACAGCUGUUACUCAAGCAGAUGUUUUUAAUGCUUGACAAUAAGAGGAAGGAAAUAGUUCACAAAAUAAGAGAAUUGUUGAAUGCCACUGAACUUACCCAGAACACACUGAUUAACGAUGAGCUAGUGGAGUGGAAGCGGAGGCAGCAGAGUGCCUGUAUUGGGGGACCACCGAAUGCUUGCCUCGAUCAGUUGCAGAACUGGUUCACCAUGGUCGCAGAGAGUCUGCAGCAGGUUCGUCAACAGCUUAAAAAGCUGGAGGAGUUGGAACAGAAGUACACCUAUGACCACGACCCUAUCACAAAAAAGAAACAGGUGUUAUGGGAUCGUACCUUUACCCUCUUCCAGCAGCUCAUUCAGAGCUCAUUUGUGGUGGAAAGACAGCCAUGCAUGCCAACUCAUCCUCAGAGGCCACUGGUCUUGAAGACUGGAGUACAGUUCACUGUAAAGUUGAGACUGUUGGUGAAAUUACAAGAGCUGAAUUAUAAUUUGAAAGUCAAAGUCUUGUUUGAUAAAGAUGUGAAUGAGAGAAAUACAGUAAAAGGAUUUCGGAAGUUUAACAUUUUGGGCACACAUACAAAAGUGAUGAACAUGGAGGAAUCCACCAAUGGAAGUCUGGCAGCCGAAUUUCGACACCUGCAACUGAAAGAACAGAAAAAUGCUGGCAACAGAACUAAUGAGGGUCCUCUCAUCGUUACUGAAGAACUUCACUCCCUUAGUUUUGAAACCCAGUUGUGUCAGCCAGGCUUGGUGAUUGACCUCGAGACAACAUCUCUGCCUGUCGUGGUGAUCUCCAAUGUCAGCCAGCUCCCCAGUGGUUGGGCCUCCAUUCUGUGGUACAACAUGCUAGUGGCAGAACCCAGGAAUCUGUCCUUCUUCCUCAACCCACCAUGUGCACGAUGGUCUCAGCUUUCAGAGGUACUGAGUUGGCAGUUUUCAUCAGUCACCAAGAGAGGUCUAAAUGGGGACCAGCUGAGCAUGUUGGGAGAGAAACUUCUUGGUCCUAAUGCUGGCCUUGAUGGUCUUAUUCCAUGGACCAGGUUUUGUAAGGAAAAUAUUAAUGAUAAAAAUUUUUCCUUCUGGCUGUGGAUCGAAAACAUCCUAGAACUCAUUAAAAAACAUCUGCUCUCUCUCUGGAAUGAUGGGUGCAUCGUGGGCUUUAUCAGCAAGGAGCGAGAGCGCGCUCUGCUCAAGGACCAGCAGCCAGGGACAUUCCUGUUGAGGUUCAGUGAGAGCACCCGAGAGGGGGCCAUCACGUUCACGUGGGUGGAGAGAUCCCAGAAUGGAGGCGAGCCUGACUUCCAUGCAGUUGAACCCUACACGAAGAAAGAACUUUCUGCUGUUACUUUCCCUGAUAUUAUUCGCAAUUACAAAGUUAUGGCUGCUGAGAAUAUUCCAGAGAAUCCCCUGAAGUAUCUGUAUCCAAAUAUUGACAAAGAUCAUGCAUUUGGAAAGUAUUACUCAAGGCCAAAGGAAGCUCCAGAACCAAUGGAACUCGAUGGCCCUAAAGGAACUGGAUACAUCAAGACUGAGUUGAUUUCUGUGUCUGAAGUUCACCCUUCUAGACUUCAGACCACAGACAACCUGCUCCCCAUGUCCCCAGAGGAGUUUGAUGAGGUGUCCCGGAUAGUGGGCUCUGUAGAAUUCGACAGUAUGAUGAGUGCAGUGUAAACGUGAAUUUCUCUCAUCUUCUCUGGCAACGUUUUUCCUUCCCAUCUGUGAUUCCCUCCUGCUACUCUGUUCCUUCACAUGCUGAUGUUUCUAGGGAAAUGAAAGAAAGGACAACAAAUUUGCCGCAACCUAUUGAUAGCAAGUGGAUGUUUCUCUAAUUCAGAAACCUGUUACUCUGAAGGGCUUCAUACAUCUUAUUGAAGGUGAAAUGGAAAGGCAUUUCAGAGUGGAUUUUUCAAAUGAAAAAUAUCAAGCUAUGCCCAAAGCAUCAGGACCAGAAUGAGAUUCCUUUGGGAAAGGUGAGAGUUUAGCAACAUGUAGCAAAUGCUAUGCAUAAAGUCAGUUCCCAACCAUUUUAGGUCAUUGGAUUGAUACAUGGUUAUUUAGGGAAGCACUUGAUGUAGGAAUGGUGAAUUUCUGUUCUGGAGGGAACUCUUUUGUGUUCUCUCUGCUUUAAAUAUAGCUGGAAGUUUUCUCUUGCUUUACCUAUGUCACAGUUUAAAGCCAAGUUUAUGUACAAUGAUAUAUCAACACUUUAUCAAUGGUAGCCACCCUGUAUCUGAGCAGGAGGAAAAAAAAGUUAUAUUCUUUAUUUUAUUACAUCUUCCACACAAACCAUUUAAGACUAAAGAGAAAUUUGUAGAGAAUUAGUUUUCUUGUUAGUUAUGACUGAAUGAAACUGGCUAAUAUCAAUAGAAGGAAGUGAAUUUUCCAAAUUUAUGAGUAGUGUUUCUGUUUAAUCUUUAAUAUCCAAAGCUAAAUGUUUCCUGCUUUCAUCUUUGUCACUAGUGAAUAAAAUUGUCUUUGCACUUAUAUUGAGGGAGCCAGGCAACAACUCUCUUAAGGCAAAUCUUACUUUUUAAAAAAUUAAAGUUAGAAAUAUAGAUAAACCAGGAAAUUUAAUUCAUGUUUCCUAAACGGAUUAAUUUGUCCUUAUUGUAAGCUGGAAGUCUGGCCAUAAAAUUGAGAAAGGAAUAGAAAAGUAGUAACUGAAACUUAAAUCAUCAACCAGAGAUAAUGUGAGAAUCAAAUAUUAUCAAAACUCAUGUCCUAUGUAACUGCAUUGAGAAUUGCAAAUUUUCCACUGAUAAAUAUGUUUUUCUGACAAUUACAUUUGCAAAUGGUUCCAUGAUCUCUCCUGUGCUUUUUCCAGACAUGUUUUGGAUUGGAUGGAUGAUGUUUUGUGUUGUGUACUAUGUUUUUUAUCUUCUUCCUUCGUUAACACUGAUACACAACAGUGAUUUAGUAGAUGGGUUGACAGGAUUCUUCUGCAUUAUUUUCACAUGUGCUGUUUAUAUGGCUGUACCUCAUUUCUUCAUCACCACCACAACUAUGUUGUUAUGUAAAUGCAGGGCUUCUCUCUGGUGAAGAUAAAGUUUCCUUGAAGUCUAAUUUAAAAUGAAAGCCUCAGUAUAUUUAUUGCAUUAAAUGUAGUAUGCAUAUAGUACUCUUCUUCGUAAUACACACAAAUGGAGGCCUUCUUUCAGUUUUUACAUAGUGUGAACCUGGCUGGGUUUUGGCUGACUUUUUAAAUGGAAAUGAUUGAGAAACAAAACAGCUUUUAAAAAAUAUUAUUUCUAAUUGCUGUGAUUUAACUAUUUUGUUAUAUUUUUUACUCUUUGAGAAUGAUUUGGCAUGGUUUCAUUUUACUGCACUAGCCAAAAAACUGUUUAUUUUUAGGAAGUAUUAAAAAUUUUUUUUAAAAAACAAUCACAAAAUACAGGUUUAAUUACUUUUAAACCUAGUGGAAAAAAACCCUACCAAAAAACCCCCAAUGUAAGUUCUCCAGUAAGACUUGCUAUUCUGAAUAAUGUGACUUUCUAAGUUCUAUAAACGUAAUAAAAGUUUUAGAAUACACGCAGACACUUAGGAAGAGGAAGACUAAUUCCUUGGAAAUGAUGAUCAAGUAGGACAAAAUCACUUUUUGAAAAGCUGAACCUUUUUACAAUUAGAUUUUAGCAGAUUAUUUUGCCACUAAUCAAAACAAGUAAUGUGCAAAUUACUUAAGUUCUAGAAUGUAAAAGGGAAGAAACUGACUUUAGGGAAUCACUGGAUAGUACAGAAAUGAGAUUUACUUAUUUUGUAGAAAUAAAACUAACACCAAUUUGUUUUGUACAAAAGAAGCUUGAUAGAAGUAUGAAAACAAGCAUAACAAAUUAUACCCAUAAAAGACUCGAUCAUGUCUGAAACACCAUAUUGCUUCUAGUAGACACAAAAAGCAGAAAUUUGUUUCUAAAAUACUGCUGCACAGAUGAGUGAUGUUAGCAUAAACUUUACUUAAGUUAAAAUCUGAUUCAGUUUGCUGGUGUAACCAAAGUAGAACAUAAGAUAUUAUAAAGGCUCAAUUCAAUGCAAUCACAAACCUUGAAGGUACUUUAUUGUAAUGUCACAAACCAUUUUAGGGAGUGUUCUAGAAGUCUAUUAAAAUAAACCAUACUGACUAGAUGUUCUUCUUACCAUCUCUGCACUGAAUGAAAACACUAUGAUUAUAGACAUAUUUUAUAAGUAGAAGAUUGACAUUCUAAGUCAUGCCAUUUGAUUUUAUAAAAAGUUCUAGUAGAACACCUCAUCUUUAAAAGUCGUAGAGGAGCUUUACAAUAAUUCUUAAAUAUACUAAUUCUGUGAGAUCCAGCAAUCAAAUAUUAAAACUUGAAAGUAGAACUAAAAUUUUGGUAAUGACCACAUGCUUUAUAUUACACAGGAAAUAUAUACCCAUGUACACAAAAAGUGAACUCUACAAAGACAACUUCUAAAAAUACCAAUUCACAAAGGACCAUGUAGAAUGUGACUGAAUACUUUAACAAUUAGACUUAGUGGUUAAAAUCACAUUGCAGUCCUCUGUGAUUCUGAAAAAUUUUUCCAGUGCCUUACAAAAACUAGAAAUAUCUGAUUAAAUU